AUGACUAAGUAUCUGCAUCCGAUGAACAAUGGUAAGUUGUGGAUUCCACAACAUAUAUGUGAGAAAGUACCAUGUUUAGAAUUAUUUGAUUCUUUUAAAUUUUUUGUUGUUCUUGGUCUUCAUUUUGUGUAGUGUUGUGUGUUUACCCUAAUCUCAAAUCAGGGUGUUAUGGCUGGACCGGGCUCCAAUGAAACUUAAUUUUUAUAGCCAACCAUGGGUCCAUGUCCAACUACUCGGUUAGUUAAAAUGUGAUAAAUAUCCAGUAUCUGGAUUUUUUCAUGUCAUGGGUUAUACAUGAUUCUUUAAAAAUUUGAACUAUUAUUUAGAAAACUGAAAGCUAUGCUCAGGUCAAACGAAUUCCAUCUAUAAGUUCAAAAAUGGAAAGUUAAUAUUGGUAGAUAUUUGCAAUUCAGAUAACAAAAAGCUUUACAAUAACAUGAUGUGGUUUUCUCCAACUAAAUGCAUCUUCUUCAUUAAAUAGUACUCCUAAAAUAAAAUGAAAAUAUAAAUAAAAUAUUCUGGAAAAAGUGUAAAUAACGAUUAAAGCCAUUAAUGUGAAUGGAAUGGGUCGUGUUCAAUCCCAUGCUUUAAAAAAAAAAUAUUUGUGUAUUUUCAAGUAUAGUUCAAGUUUCUGUGUGUAAUGCUUUACAAGUUUUCCUUUUCUUGAAAUGAUGCUUAUAUGCUUGAUAAGUCGACUAAUAUCAUAAACCACAAAUCUCGCAUAGUCGCAUUACACUACUUUUGUUAUUUAAUCCACAUAUUAACAACCAUUUGAUUGAUGUCUGCAUUAAAUUAGUAAAGAACGAAUCUCACAUUACACUACCUAUGUUAAUUAAUCCACAUAAUUACACCUUGCGUUUGUCUCACGUUUGUUAGUGAAGAAAAUGAAAGAAUUGGAUUAAGAAAAAUCCAUACGUAAUGAGAAAAUUCACAACUUCUGUAAAUACAUUAUUCAAAAAUAAAACGUUUGUUGUGUCUUGUUUUUUUUAUAUGUACUUCUCCAUAUAAAAGAAUAAUGGGAGAGAGAGGUGUAAGUGAAAUUAAGAGAUCUACCAACUCGACCAGCUCAGACAUCUUAAAUUAACUUGAUGAAGCUACCCUCUCCAACUGCAUCAUGUUGUAUGAUUUCUGAAUAAAGCAUAAAAAGGGUAAAUGUCAUUUCAAACCAACAUUUUCCGGCUAUUUAUUACUUCUUUAUUUACCCUAAAGGUAAAAAAAAAAUUCAAUGUAUUCAUUUGAAAAGCUAUACAGUAAACUUAAAUGAUAUCCAUAUUUCAGAUAUUAAUUCUCUUAAAAAAAGAAUUAAAAAAGAAAGAAAAACAGUCCAACCCACGGCAGUUUUUUAGACAAGCCCAUUAGUCGAAUGGUUUAAACCCAAUAAAGAAACUUGAUGGUUGUGAUCGUGGACUCAAUGGUACCUUCAACUUAGACCUGAUGUUUCAUGUUCUGGAUUCUGCAAAGCACAUGAGAAUCCUGAUGUAUUGCUUCCAAGUUUUUUUUUUGGUAAAAUUUAUAAGCUUCCAAAUUAGUUAUUUGUGCUAUGUUUCUAGCUUGAAUCUUAGCAAACACCGAGUCUCUCUGUAAAAACUACUUACGAGAUCAGUACCUGUUAGAGAUAUGAGAUUAAAAGAGGCUACAAGUAACCAGAACAACGGUGAAAUGAUCAGAGACCAAACAAGAGCAGGACACUGUUAUUAGGGUGUUCACGUUUUCGUCAUGAACCUAACUUCCACUCUUUAUCCAGUUGUUUCAUAUUACUCUCGUCUGAAAGUCAGAAAAUAGCAAAUACACUAGCAUGCAAAGGAUAUGAAUCUCUCUAAACAUGUGAAUAAUAUAUGCAUAUAAAAUAUAGUAAGAAGUAUACAAACUAAAGUACUAAUCCGCACAUGCAUGCAAUGACAUAAUAGAAUAAAGAAACAAACAGAGAGCCAGUUGGGGAAGCAGCCAAACUAGAGGUGGGCUACACAUAUCAAUGUUCCCAUUGAUCACACGUAUCUUCCACUGAAGAAUCAGUCAAACUUUCUCAAAACUGAAAAAAUAAACAAACCAUAUAAUAAAGUUUAUAAAGAUAUGAAUAACAGUCUUCAGAGAAGAAUCAUCUAAUGAAUAACAGUGUUCAUAGAAGAAUAGAAGAAUCAUCUAAUGAAUAACAGUGUUCUCUACAUUGUCUGGAGACUAUCUAGACUCUUGAGUCUCAGCGUAGGAGACUUGGUUACUCGUAAAAACGUGAAAAGUAAAGCACAAUGAACGCAUGGACAAAACAGAAGGGGUCCAUGUGGAUGUGGUUGGAGACUUGGUCUUCAUUUUGUAAUAUUAUAUACUUCUAGAAUGACUAUCUAAAAAAAACGCAGCUUAAUGGAUGUAUACAUUGACUUUGUUUUGUAUCCAUUCUGGGUCAAAGUGCUUCUUUAAAGAUUCCACUAUCCUAUUAUUAUCCCUUUCAAUGGAAAAAAGGAAGAAGUCACUUUAUUCAUACCUUGUUUAUAUAUACACAUGCAGACCAACUACUCUGUCCUUCAUUCAUCAAUAUUCCUAUCUUCCUUUAUCUCUGUUCUAUCUAAAUAGCACUGAAACAUCGUUGAAUCCCUUCCAGAAUGAAUAUCGUAAUCGAACACAACCCUUCAAGCAUAAAGUUAUCUGAACUUGGAGUCAUGUCAUGGCCUAAAUGGUCUUGUCAGCCAGGGAAGUAUGCAUUAGUGUUUGAAGAAAGAGAGACAUGCUAUUUGGUGAAGGGAAAGGUGAAGGUGUAUCCAAAAGGGUCAUCAUCAGAGUUUGUAGAGUUUGGUGCAGGAGACCUUGUCACCAUCCCCAAGGGACUUAGCUGCACUUGGGAUGUAUCUCUUUUCAUCGACAAGCACUACAAGUUCGAUCCCCCUGCUUAAUUUUUCUUACUUAUGAUCUAGUUUUUGGUUAGUCUUAUCACCAGGAAGCAUAAAAGAUUAUCUAUUCAGAUUAAUAAAGUAUAGAAGACAAACCAAAAAAGACAAUGCUUAGGAUAUGUACAAAGCUCCUCCUAGAUUAUGUUUCUUUGUUUGCCAGAACUAUAAUCUCAGAGUAAAAUCCCUCUAGCUAGUUCAAAGAGACUUAAGGUAAGUGGUUUCAGCUCAUGGGGGAGUAACUGUAUUCUCUAAGCUUUUGAAAAUUCUUUUGAAGUAAUAAUCAAAAAGUAAAUCUCAUGGGUUAAGAGUUUACUAUACCCUUUUCCAUCA